AUGCAGAGACUCUCUCCCAUCGAAUGCAAGAUAAGGGAGGGUUGCAAAAAUUUGAUUUCAGUAAUCACAUCCUUAUCUUUGAUGAACACUUCAAUGUUGCCAUUAACAAUCUUCGGCGCAAUAAACUUCAUAGGUCUACCCUUUGUAGGAUUCCUGUUGUCAUUGAGGACAUCAACCCAAAGUUUACGGGGUUCUUCCGGUUUCAGAUUUAGGGUUUCUUUGGGAUCCACUUCUUCUUUUUCCAACUCCUCAUCGACCUCAAUUACAGGAGGAUUAUUAGAGAUAACCAGUGUGAACAGCUGUGAGGCGGAGGAGAGACUGAAACUGGUGGUGGAGGCACUGAUUUUUUUGGCGGCCCCCGUCUCCCUCUUCCCUUCCCUCGACUCGCCAUAA